UGCAGACAGGAAGCACAGUGGCCUUAUAUGCAUGCUUCAUUUCAUCCUCCUCCUCCUCAAGCUGCUGCAGUGGCUCCCAAACAACUAACAACAAACUCCAUCCAUCCAUCCAUCUGUUUCCUACUCCUAGUACACCUUUUGUCUCUCCACAGCCGGUAGCCAACCCCAACUCAACAACUAGAGACAAACUAACAGCAAGCAGCUGCAGCAUCCUUAUACAGAGGCCAAACUAAUCAAGCACACACAGAUAUAGUUUGAGCCACAGCAAAUUAUCAACAGCUCCUAGCUAGUAGCUGAGUAGUUAGCUAGGUAGACGACGAUCAACGACAUGCCGUCUCAGCAGGGGCAGCAGCAGCAGCAGGUGGGGACGACGCGGUGGUGCCCCACGCCGGAGCAGCUGAUGAUCCUCGAGGAUAUGUACCGCGGCGGCCUGCGCACGCCAAACGCGUCGCAGAUCCAGCAGAUCACGGCGCACCUCGCCUGCUACGGCCGCAUCGAGGGCAAGAAUGUCUUCUACUGGUUCCAGAACCACAAGGCCCGGGACCGCCAGAAGCUGCGCCGCAGGCUCUGCAUGAACCACCACCUCCUCUCCUGCGCGCAGUACUAUGCCGCCCACCACCAACACGGCCGCGGCUUCCUCGCCCCGCUGACUACUCUUCCCGCAGCACCGUACGGAUACAGCGUCUUCGACCAGGCGGCCGCCGGGCAGCUGCUGUCCCCGACGUCGCCCACCCCUGUUGCUGCUGCGGCGGCGGUGGCAGCAGCAUACGGUUACUACUACCCUGCCACCGCCUUCGCCGCUGCACCGGCGAGCAGGUGCGCCGGCGCCGCCACUCCUGCGUCGCCCAGCUCACUUAUCCACUAUCAGGUUCAGGGCGGAGGAGGGGUUGUGCCGGUGGAGGCGCUCGGCCGGCCGGAGUACUCGCUGGGGAAGCUGCACAACUUCGGGGUGGCGCUGGACGACGUCGUGAGCGCCGCCGCCGUCGACAUGGGGCCGCCGGGGUUCGAGGUGGCACCGCCAGCGGCGUUCUGCAGGCAGCUCAAGACGCUGGACCUCUUCCCCGGCGGGCUCAAGGAGGAGCAGCACGACGUGGUUUGAACUUUGAAUGAUAUGUCGAUCGACUGCGCUGCGCAGCCAAUCAAGUAGUGAUCUUAGUCAAUCUGUCACGCAGUAGUACACUGACAUCUUAGUUAGCUCGUCUACCGAUCCAUCAAUCUCUUUUCUUCUUAUUAA